UCGCCAGAGAGCGCUUUACGUGACAGCUACGCGUCUCCGCGCAACUCCGUGAGCUGCACGCCUCGCGGCAGAUACGAGGCACGAUAUAUAUCGUAGUCGAGCGUAAAAACCGCGGGAACAUCCUUCCGGGCCACGCGCGCGUGCCUUUUGACAGUCGCGCGUUUGGCGGGAAACGCGACGAGGCGGUGUAUUUACGGCGCGCGGUGUGUGUGUGUGUGUUUCGUGUGUCAAAGGCGAUUCCAUCUCUCUCUGUCGGCGAUUUCCCCCACCGCGGAUCGGCAUAUUGCUGGCGGGCCGUGUGCAAUAGCGCUUUUCUAUGGAAUUUUCUCAACGCGCCGAUUGCGUUAUCGCGUCUCGAGUAUACGCGACGAUACUUGGUGAAGUAUACGGGAGGAGAUAAGGAGGAGGGACAAGAAGAGCGAGAGCGAGAGAGGGAGACGCGGAUCAUCGGCGACGACGGUGGACCACGAAAUUCGCGCGGGACACGUCGUAACACGCUCUCUCCGAUCACUCGGAUACUCACGCGCAAGUGCGGUGACGCAACGUUGCCGGAUCGCGUUCCUCCCGUUCGGCUACGCCAAAGGAGGAAUCGCGUCGCGGACGAAGAGAAAGGAGUGCGUCGAUCAUCGGGCUUUUAGUGACUUGGAGCUUGUAUAUUUGUUCGCGCCGAGACGGGGAGGAGAUUCCGUCUCUGUUGUGCGACUUUGACGGACGGAUUCCGCGCGGCGGAUCUCGCGACGCGAGAGGGAGUUUGUUUUCGCCGCCGCGCUAUCUCUGUCUUUCGGCUACGUAGUAACCGUGCCCCACUGUGUUGCCAAGCGCGGCUGCUGUUUGCCAUUUCGCGCAUCUCUCUGUGAGAGAUAACUUUUCCUCGAGAAAACAGCGACCUGGUGAAUCAUCUUCGUCGCCACCUACCUUCCCGACGACGAUGAGCACGGCGCCGACGAGUCGUUGAAAACCCGAAGAACGAAGCGGGAUAUCUUCCCCAGGUCGACGCUCAGAAGCAACGCGGCCAUUAUUCGAAAUUCGGUGGGUCGCGCCACGGAUCGCAGUGUUGCCAUAUAUCCCACGACGUGCUGCUACGACGACGAAGAGAACGGCGGCAGGGAUUCCUGGAAGGAGUCAUCGUCAUCCCCGAUGCGUCACGGCGGGAAAGGAAUCAACAGCGCGCUGAAAGAAACAGAGAGAACGAGUUAAAGAAAGGUUGAGAGACACAAAAGGGGAGAAAAGAAGGAAAUAGUAAAAGAGUGUGUUCAUGCGCGUGUAUAUGUAUCCACGUCCGGAUUCUGGUGUGAUUUGUUUUCGCGUGCGUGCGUGAAGCGGCGGUGACAUCGAGCGGGACGAAAUAUGAGCGCACGAGUGCUGAACCCGGUGAUGAUGACGGAAAUCAGUAGGAAUCUAGGCGGCGGCGGAGGAGGACGUGCGGCCCCAAGCAGGGCCGCGCUCGCCCGAGUCAGACGCGAUCUCUUCGGGCCCGUGGACCACGCGGCCGCCCGGGCCCUGGCCGAGAGGGAAUUGCGGGCCCAGUCGCGUCUAGACGCGGACCGAUGGGGUUUUGACUUCGAGCAGGGAGUCCCGCGCCCGAAUUCCCGCUCCCGCUACGACUGGGAAGAGGUUACGGAGCACGACGUCGUUCCCGAGUCCUACGCGCUCCGUGGGAUGGAUUACCUGAGGAAACACGCGCCCGGGACGCCGCGGAAGUUCCGCGUCGAGGCCGCCGAGAAGAAGGACGAGGUGCCGCGGAGCGGAAGUUCGACGACGACGUCGCCGACGACGCUGCUGACGACGAUGAUAAGCACGAUGACCACCACGACGACGACAACGACCACGAGGAUCGUCGAGCAGACGGAGACGCCGAUGUGCGCCACUCUCACGGCCGAGAGAACGCCGCCCCAGGAGCCCAGGGUGCCCGAGAUCGGCGAGGCCACGAUGCCGAAUCAGCUGUUGGACGCGAACCUCAAGAGGAAGAGGUGCCCGGUGGAGCCGACUACCCCUGUUCUACCCUCGGUCCCGAGAAAGCAAUCCACGAUCACCAACUACAUGAAGAGUCGUAAGCGCGGCUUGAACGGCACCACAAAGAGUAUGAUAGAGCCGCCGGAGAAGAUCGCCCGUAACGCGGGUCAGAUACGCAGCUAAAACUUUCAGCUUCCUUGUUCAAACCUUGCCGUCUUCUUCCAUUUCGUUUGUGCGCAACGUAGAGACAAUAUAUCAGACAGAAACGGAAAGUAUCGCCGAGAGGAGUAACUGGGGGUAAGAGAGGAACUUUGGUAGGAGUCGCGAGGUUUGCGUUGGCUGUGCCAUUCAUAUAGUUUUAUCUACCAUGAGUGCAGGCGAAACAGAUCGAGAGAUAGAUGAAUUAAAAAUAAAAACAUGAAAAAAUAAAAACAAUGUUUUUCAUCGUGAAUAUUUCUUUGUCUGUAUUCGUCGCUUUGUAAUAUCGCGAAAGAUUACAAAAACAAUAACAGCGUGAAAAGGCGCGCGAGACGCGGAAAACAGAAUGAUUAGAUAAAAACGAAAGAGAGAGGACGCGCUUGAUGGAAGAAGAGAGAGAGUAUAACUCUCGUUGCUAUUUUUUUAUGAAACAUGUCAUAUCUUCUUUUGUAUUAGAAUAAGAUGUAAUGUUAAGUAGAAUAUAAGAAUUAGAUUGUA